AUGGACAAUAUGACAGAAGUGACACAUUUCAUCCUCCUAGGACUAAUCAAUGCCCCAGAACUGCAGGUCCCCCUCUUUAUAAUGUUCACUCUCAUUUAUCUCGCCAAUGUGGUUGGAAAUCUGGGGAUGAUCCUGUUGAUUCUCAUGGACUCACAUCUACACACUCCCAUGUACUUUUUCCUCAGUAACCUGUCUCUGGUAGACUUGUGUUACUCUUCAGCUGUCACUCCCACGGUCAUGGCGGGGUUUAUUACAGUAGACCAGGUCAUCUCUUACAAUGCAUGUGCUGCUCAGAUGUUCUUUUUUGCAGCAUUUGCCACUAUGGAAAAUUUUUUCUUGGCGUCAAUGGCCUAUGAUCGCUACGCAGCAGUGUGCAAACCCCUACAUUACACCACCACCAUAACGACAAGUGUGUGUGCACGUCUGAUCCUAGGCUGCUAUGUCUGUGGUUUCCUGAAUGCCUCCAUUCAUGUGGGGAACACAUUCUGUCUCUCUUUCUGUAUGUCCAAUGUGGUCCAUCACUUUUUCUGUGAUAUUCCAGCAGUCAUGGCUCUGUCUUGCUCUGAUAGGCAUGCGAGUGAGCUGGUUCUUGUUCAUGUAGCCAGCUUCGAUGUCUUUUUUGCUCUCUUGGUCAUCUUGAUAUCCUACCUAUUGAUAUGUGUCACCAUCUUGAGGAUGUCCUCAUCUGAAGGACGUGGGAAGGCCUUUUCCACCUGUGCCUCCCACAUCACUGCAGCCUCCAUCUUCUAUGGGACAGGCAUCUUCAUGUACUCCCAGCCCAGCUCCAGUCAUUCCAUGGACACAGACAAAACAGCAUCCGUGUUCUAUACUAUGAUCAUCCCCAUGCUCAACCCUGUUGUCUACAGCCUGAGGAACAAGGAGGUAAAGAGGGCAUUCUUGAAGGUUCUUUUGGAGGCAAAAUUGUCUCUAGGUUUGUGA